AUGGAAAACAACGAUGAUGCAAUACUCGCAAAGAAAUUACAAGAAGAAUAUAAAUUUAUCAAUGAUGUCGAUUCUUUAGCUUUGGCGCGUCAGCUACAAGAAGAAGACUUGGGAAGUAACGAGAAUCCGGACGAUCCAAAUCCUGAUCUUCAUAGUCUCUUUAUUGCUUUUGAUCAACAAUAUUUUUGGGGAAGUCUGAAAAGUGUUGAGGUUAGAUGGUCAAAUAAAAUGACUUUGUGUGCUGGACUAUGUUGCUAUCAAGCAGGUGGUUAUUGUAGUAUAAGGUUAAGCGAACCGUUGUUGAAAUUUCGAACUCGUCAGGAUAUGAUUGAGACAUUGUUACAUGAAAUGAUUCAUGCCUAUCUGUUUGUAACUAAAAAUUGUAAAGAUCAUAAUGCACACGGUCCUGAAUUUCUUAAACACAUGGAACGCAUAAAUACUGCUGCUGGAACAAAAAUAACUGUAUAUCAUAAUUUUCGUGAUGAAGUUAAUUACUACCGGACACAUGUCUGGAAAUGUGAUGCACGUAUUUUUAUUACUACGGUUAGUGCUGGUCGGAAUUAUGUUGAUGCCGGCCGGCCGCCUUAUUUUGGAAUUGUGCAACGGGCGAUGAAUAGGCCUCCACAGCCUGCUGAUAGCUGGUGGGAAAAACAUAGACAAUCAUGUGGUGGUAAAUAUCAUAAGAUUGCUGAGCCUCAAAAAGAGGAAAAGAAACAAGUAUCGAAAAAUCGAAAACGUAAACUCGAAAAUGAUAAUGCUAGUGGUAGUAAUGCUUCUUUGGAUAAAUGGUUUUGUAAAAGUUCUGACAAAGAGGUGUCCCAAACUUAUAAGUUCAAAAAACGUUGCACCGAUGUUGAUAAUGGACACAAUACUUCUCAGAAUCUUAAUCAACCGAUUAACCUUGAGAAUGACUCUAAUGAAAAAGGAAAAUCUUUGAAUACUGUUCAAUGCCCGAUCUGUGGUGAUAAUACGAUAGAUAAUUCAACAAUUAAUGAUCAUAUCGAUUUAUGUAUUUGGGCGUCUGAAAACGGCGAAAAAUUGUCAAUUAUGUAA